AUGUUCUCGUGCAAAUUUGUUCUCGGAGGGAUUUUGAUGGCUGCAAUAGGUGACUUCCUAGCCUUUAAGUUGUACCCGGAGGGAGGCUCCAGAUUUCGCUGGACAUUCCAUCAGAUGAAAGGUAACUUGAUGAAAUUCCAAAAUUUCACUCACAAACUCGCGGAUAUGUUUUGCAACGAUCCUGAACAAUGCAAGAAUGCUACCGAUGAAUUUUUCAUGAUCGCUGCCAGUCUCCCCCAGGACGUUGUGUUGCAGUUGGCAGACUUAAUGAGCAAGUUUGGUGAAUCGUCCAAACAACAGGAAGGCGGAGAGGUUAAUCGGAAGCACACUGAAGCCAAGAGAGCGGCUGUCAGCUAUUCAAACGGAGAAGUUCAAUUCCAAGGCGAUCCAAAGAAAGGAGAAACCGUCAUAAAGUCGCUGAAGUUUUCAGGUUACGAUGAAAAUAACCUUUGUGACCUCAUGGAGGGGAUACCCCCGGAGGAAUAUGAUGUAACAGUCGACGAAAUAGCGGAAUUGACCAACAUGCCGGAAAAACUCAAAAAAGUUAUCAAAAGAGCUAAGAACUUUUCUGGUGGAAAAGUGCAGGCGGUUAGAAGGUUGCAAUUCAAAACGGAAGAUGGAAACUUGGUUUUUGGCCGAGUGGCUGUUAUUCGCAGGGGCAAGCUGCUUGAUAUGGCUUACUCGCUUCACUCUGUGGCGUAUGAACUCGCGCCGCGCCAACGCAGACCUGAAAACGCUCAGAAGUUGGAACAGUUUUCCGAAAGCCUUGAGGACGGCGAGGGCGGCCGGAAGGAGUUCCAGGAAAUUUCAGUUGAGCUAAGAGACGAUUUUUUGGCGUUCUUCCAUAAACAGGCUAUCGAGGGGUUUGUUAAGCAUUGCGACUUCGUGCUAAAGGCACUGAACGACGACAACAAAGAUGCUGAAAUUCUUCAACAUAUUGGUGUUAGCAAAGAUGGAAAAGCUGUGGAAGAAGACAAGAUAACUAGGGACUAA